GGUUACCGAAAUCACCGUGCGUCUCUUGUGCGGUUCUUUUCAUCUGUCUUUGCGACCUCGCGCUCUCGGCAACGAUCACAUCAUAGCUGAUAUCUUCGCCAUCUCUUGUGCGCAGGAUCUCGCCAACUGCUUUUCCACUUCUAUCUCACAUUCCACCGCCGAGGCUGAAAGUCGUCGUCUUCUGUCACCGCUAGACACAUACACACCGUUUUCUUCUCUUCAUUUUUUUCUUCUUUUUCUCUCAUUCCAUCAUGCCUCCGACUAAGGGUGGAAAGCGUCCGAUCCCGCUAGGCGGCAAGGGCAAGGGCAAGCGCUCGGUCGGCAAGGCGGCCAAGUCCGGCGGCGACCGCAAACACCGCAGCAACCAGAAGCGCCAGCAGCACUGGGAUAUCUACAUCCACCGUGCGCUUCGCCGCUUCUUCAAGCGCGGCACGCUGAGCAAGGCGGCAGUACGCGUGCUUUCAUCCUUUAUUGAGGAUAUGUUCAACCGCAUCCAGACAGAGGCCGUUUUCGUGGCAAAGAUCAACAAGGUGAAGACAUUGACGGCACGCGAAAUUCAAACGUCGGCGCGUCUUCUUCUGCCGCCGGAGCUGGCGAAACACGCCAUGAGCGAAGGCACCAAGGCCGUAGCCAAGUAUAACGCUUCCCGCGGUGAGGCGUACGCUCAGGGUGGUAUUUGA